AUGCCUUAUCAAGCAAAUAACCCGCGAGCACCUGCCUACGCAACAAAUCUCAGGCAAUAUGCAGAGAGGAAUCGGACACCGGGCAAGAAACAAACAUCUGAACGAUCAGGGUUUGAAAAUAAUACGGCCAAUUCCGACACUCAACCAUCCGUAAACAGCAAUAGCCGGCGUCAAAUGUCUUAUGCGCAACAAAAUAAUGCCCGCAAUAGUCCUAAAGCUUUCGGUCAUGCGCCAGCCGGGCAACUUACACCUCUUCCACAGGGCCAUCACGGAAACCAUGGGCACGAAACUUAUGGUCCACACCACGAGCAUGAUAUGACCCCCUCCAACUACGGUUAUGAUCAAAGUUCUCAAGGGGAAUUUAGUCCUCCAACCACAAUUCCUAACCAAUCGAACUUCACUCCAGAAUCUCAUGGAAAUUCUACGCGUGGCCAUGCAGGUGGAUACAGCUCUGAGCAUCAGUUCGAACAAUCUAUGGACGGUCGUAGACCUCAAAUACACGGAUCCAUAUCAUCGACAACUCUUCAUCGCCAAAGUAAUUUUGUCGACUGGAAAUCGCAGCUUUGCCAGCUGUUCAAUGCACCACAUGAUAGUCAUGACGAAGAUCUGUUCAAAAUGCUAGAAAUGACUAGGAGCAAACUUCUGUCAGAUAGCCGUGAUGCCAAUCAAGAAAAACUGGCAUUGCCUUAUCAUACGAUCUAUCGAGUCAGAUGUCAUCAAAAAGAGCAAAGCUACAUGUUUUUGGAUACUCCUUGGCUUGUCAAAGACAGUCCAACAGGUGAACAUAUUCAUGGUAGUAUAAUUGUAAGAAACAUUGCUCUGCAUACCCGAGAAUAUACGAACCUGUCGUUUAUUGUAUACAAAGACUAUGCCUGUUGCAGACCUAAGCUCGAUAAAAUAAACACAUCGAAUCCGACGAAACCGAAGUCUGCAUGCUCGGAACAACCUAGUUCAAACGGCGAGAAUGAACUUGCGGAAUUUCUCGUAGGCGAGUCUGUGUGCUUGAUCGGCAGCGAGCUAUCCGCUGGUCUCAAAAGACUUACUAGGCAGAAUAUCCAGGAAAAUUCAUACUACCCUUCAUUUAACGUUGGCACCGAGUUCAAGGCACCAUAUCCAUGGUUUUACCACCAGAGAGCUCCUUUGGAAGAGCGCAGACGCCAGCUUAAACCUGAGCUUUUGACUCGUAGCCCUGACACCGUCAUAUUGCGCGCCGACAAAGAUGAUGAAGAAAAGAAGAAGGCGUAUUUAACUAAAUCAUGGCUUCAUUUACCGGUAGGAGGGAGUCCUAAAGGAACUGGAGAGUCAGCUACGUUGACAACCUCCUUGCUCGUAUCUUCCUGGACAUUUGAUGGCUUCUUUCAAGAGAACGUUGAAUUAAUUACAAUUGAUGAUUUCAAAACGUCAGAAGAAGUGGUCAAAAUCACCGCUCUGAGCACUUAUCCGAUGCGCUACGCCGACCCCACGAUUGGGACAUCACUUAGGAAACAGGGAGAAAUGUUCUGGAAAUUCCGCAAGGCCUGCUACAUAUACUAUAGUGAUGAAGAUGAAUCGGAAGAGAACAUUGGGCAAUCUAGGUAUAUGAUUGAUAUCGAAACAUACAAGAAAUUACACCCCAAGUCUGCAGGGGCCAAACCACCCAAUCGGGAUGAUUUGGGUCCUUUGGUGAUGGCAUCUGAUAUACCACCAGAAGGCGUUUUCACACUUCUUCUGCCUAGUACGAUUAUUGGAUUCAACAUGCAAGAAAAGAAAUGGGUCGAUCUCGAAGUUGGUCGCAUGUACGCGGUUAAAUGGAACAAAGAUCCGUUUGAGACAUUGGCUAGAGAUAACGAUACGAAAAUCCUCAUCACAUCUUUAGUCGCGAACCAAAUCAAAGACGAGCAGAGCCCAGGCCUUAUCGGCAGGAAAGGAAAUGGUUCAAUCAUACUAUUACACGGCUCUUCUGGGACCGGUAAAACCCUGACAGCAGAAAGUGUGUCAGAAGUAGUUGAGAAACCACUCUACGUAACUUCGUGUAGCGAGAUAGGAACCACACCAGAAGCCCUAGAAAAAUCCCUCGAACGAAUCUUCUUUCUAGGAAGAGUUUGGAAAUGCGUCAUACUCCUUGAAGACGCUGAAAUGUUUCUCGAGAAAAGGACUUUGGGAGAUCUUCAACGCAACGCAUUAAUUUCUGUAUUUUUACGGAUACUCGAGUCUUACAACGGAAUCAUCAUCUUAACGAGCUCGCCCAUCACCACCAUGGACGAGGCUUUCAAAUCUCGCAUUCAACUUUUCCUCCGCUAUACUCCGCUAACUUUUGCCCAACGAGCUAAAAUAUGGGAGUCUCAUAUCAAGCAGCUCGAGUCACUAGAAUCCCUAUUCAACCCCUCUACGAUAAAUAUAUCCGAGCUUCGAGCAAAUCUAUCAAUGCUUGCUAAAUACAAGCUUAAUGGACAUGAAAUCGGACAUGCAGUCAGAACAGCUAGACAAUUAGCCCUGUGGAAAGGGAUUCCGAUGGGCUUUGAAGAGGUGCAGUAUGCUGUCAGUGUUGCGGGAGGAUACGACAACACAAAUGAAGAAGACAAGCGAAACGCGGGGGAUAUAGUGAAGCGUGUUGUGGGGGAUACAGAUGAUGAUCCUUACGAUGGAGUGGAAGAUUUAAUGAGUGUUGCUGAGCUAUGA